UGAUUUUGCAUUUCCGGGAGAGCUGUUUUGUUGAACAGCUCUCCUCCCUGUCAGCUUGGGCACACAGCUUUGGAUGGCUGUGCACAACACAGCCAUCCAAAGCAGUGUGAUUACAGUGAAGCACACUGACACCCCCCCUAGUAAAACAUACCCAGCACACAGUUAACCCUUUGAUCACCCCUCAUGUUAACCCCAUACCUGCCCAGUGCCAUUAGUACAGUGUCAGUUCUUUUUUUUUUCAGCACUGAUCACUGUAUUGGUGUCACUGGAGAUGUCAGUGACACCAAGUCAGUGCCCCCCAGUGUCAGAAUGUCAACCGCAGUCCCA